AUGGUCUCUCCUUCGAAAUCUACGAACCGGGGGUCUUCACACAAAAGCGGGACUUCAAGCUCGCCGAAGGGACAAGCAACUAUCUCUUCUUAUUUUUCACAAUCUACCAGCUCUCCGUCAAAACACUUCGCGACACAAACUGGUCUGGGGAAGCGAGCACCUCCUUCGGCUGUUGUGGACUUGACUGAGGAUGCUUCGGAUAAUGAGCUUCCAGUAGCGAAGAAGAAGAGGGUAGGCUCUUCUUUGCAGAACAAUGACAAAAUACGAGACAACGGUAAUUCAUUACCUUCACGAUCCCCGAGAACACCAAAGAAAUCGAUAUCAAAAUAUGGUUUCAAUCACUCAUCAGACCCUCCCGAAGCUCCAGAGACACCUGAAGAGAAGCGGGCUAAGAAAACACGAAGAGAAGCGUUCAAGCGCAAGUUACUUGCCGAUAACGGAAUGUUUGGCAGACGGCCUGAGGUGGUGCAAUCAAAGAAGCAAGCUGAGGUUGUAGAUGAAGAUGUUAUGGAUAUAGAUGACCUCGACGCCAUUAGAGAACGAAGUCGAAAUGAAAGUGAAUUGGAGGGCAGCGAUCAGGAGACAUCUGUCCUUCCUGCUGCUGUAACCUCGAAAGCAUUCUCUUCAAGCAAAGGCAAGGAGAAGGCGAGAGCUUCGGAGACACUUCCUGCCAAACGAUCGAAGAAGGAGGUAGAAGUUGGCCCUUCUGGGCAGACCUACACACCUUUAGAAAAGCAGGUACUAGCAUUGAAAGAGAAGUACCUAGAUGCUAUCCUUAUGUUUGAGGUAGGAUACAAGUACAGGUUCUUCGGAGAAGAUGCAAGGAUCGCGAGCGAGGUGCUUAACAUUGCCCAUUUCCCUGACCGGAACUUUCUGACGGCAAGCGUCCCGGACCAUCGACGUGAUAUCCACCUUCGAAGGCUGCUUUCACAUGGCUACAAGGUUGGCAUUAUUGGACAAAUGGAAACAGCUGCCUUGAAGAAAAUCUCCGAUACUCGAAACAAACCGUUCGAAAGGGCUCUCACCCACAUGUACACUGCAGCGACCUAUAUAGAUGAAAUCGAUGCAGAUGAUGAUGACUCGCGCAUCGCUCCCCCAGUCUUCAUGUGCAUUUGCGAGAGCAUGCUUGGGGGCAUGGGAGUCGACGAACGAGUAUCUAUCAGUAUGGUAGCCGUCACUCCUAGUACAAGCGAUGUUCUUUGGGAUGAGUUCGAGGAUGGUUUCAUGAGGAACGAAUUAGAGACGAGAAUGGCCCAUAUUAGACCGUCGGAAAUUUUAUCGUCAAAAGAUAAACUGAGUAAGGUGACACAGAAAAUCCUGCAAUAUCAUUCAAAAGAAUCAUCAUCAAAAACACUGGCUCGGGAUCGAGUUCGCUUAGAGCGAUAUGACGACGAGAUGAACUAUACGGACGCGUUCCGUCAGCUGCAAACGUUCUACGCCCAGAAGGGAAACACUCGAGCAUCUGAGAACUUCAAGUCAGGGAAGCUAUUGGCUGCGAUUUCGGAUCUUCCGCGAAAAGUCGUUAUAGCACUCGCACACAGCUUGAACUACCUUAAUUCAUUUGGGCUUGGAGAUGUUUUGACUGAAAUGCAGUUUUUCUCGAAAUUUACUGAACGUCAACAUAUGCUACUGAACGCUAACACUUUGUCGAAUCUGGAAAUUUAUCGCAAUCAAACAGAUUUUACGAUGCGCGGUUCACUUAUGUGGGUCUUGAACAGAACGAAGACAACGUUUGGAGCAAGACUCUUGAAAUCGUGGAUUGGACGACCCCUCACAGACGUCGGCGCACUCCAGGCAAGGGUAGAUGCCGUAGAAGCCAUUAUUUCCGCUGAGGCAUCUAAAUCUAGAGAACGCUUGUUACGACUGCGUGAGCUUCUGAAGGAGAUUGGAAAGACUGAUCUAGCUAAAGGGCUCAGCCGUAUACAAUAUUUCAAGUGUACACCGAAGGAACUUGCGAGGCUUCUUCGCGCGUUUGGCAAAGCCGCUGACGCCUUUUUGCCUUUCGAAAACAUUGAAGACGUCGGUCUCGCCAACCCUGUCCUAAACGAGAUUAUCUUCACUCUUCCCAAGAUUCGGGACUCCGUCAGGAAGAUUGGAUCGUGUUUAAACCUUAAGAAGGCAGACGAAGACAAGCGAGAUGAAUUGUGGAGCGACCCGGAUAAAUAUCCGGAGGUCGACGAUUUAAAGAUGGCUAUAAUGGUAGUCGAGUCAGAGCUAGCUGACCACCUCAAGACAAUGAAUUUAGACGAGGUAGAUAUCCUUCUUCCGUUUUACAGGUUACCUUCUAAAUCUGAAUUACGACAGUACCUUGUUGAAGUGAAGAAGAACGAAAAACGGGAUAUUCCUGUAACCUGGGAAGUAGUAUCGAGUACGAAGUCAGCUCGCCGAUAUCGCACUCCAGAAGUCAGAAAGAUGCUACAAGAGCGUGCGCAGUUUCAAGAGAAGCUCAAGGCUGAAGCCAAUAAGGCAUACGUGGCAUUUUUAUCAGAGAUCAUGGAUGAACACUACGUUGUACUGCGUAACGCCGUGAACAAGUUAGCCGUCGCGGACUGUCUCUUUAGCUUGGCAGAGGUGGCUUCACAAGGCAAUUAUGUGAAGCCAGUCUUCGUCGAUCAAGAGACGGAUAUUCUUGAGAUAACAGAUGGUCGACACCCGAUGAUCGAACUUUUACGAAGUGAUCCUUUUGUGCCGAAUACAGUUUGUAUUGGUGGUUCGGACACGAAGACUAAGAUUAUUACUGGGCCUAAUAUGGGAGGUAAAAGCUCUGCUACUAGAAUGGUUGCAUUGAUUGCCCUUAUGGCUCAAAUCGGGACAUACGUUCCUGCUGCUUCGGUGAGAUUGAGUCCAUUGGAUGCAAUCCUUACCCGCAUGGGAGCUUCCGAUGAUCUUGCAAAGGGCCGAUCAACUUUCAUGGUUGAGAUGUCUGAAACUAGUGAUAUCUUGCAUAGUGCGACAAAGAGGAGUCUUGUCAUUCUUGAUGAACUUGGUAGAGGCAGUUCGACGUUUGACGGGAUGGCCAUUGCUGGAGCUACCUUAGAGCACUUGGUUGAGAACAUUAGUUGCAAGACGUUGUUCAUUACUCAUUAUCCAGUCGUCGCUUCGUCCUCUGAACAAAAGCACCCAGACAAAGUGAUUAAUUUGCACAUGGGUUUCACGGAAGAAACAACCCUCUUGGGUAAACGGACUAUCACUUUCUUAUACCAGUUGACGAAGGGUAUCUCGUCUGGGUCUUAUGGGAUCGAGUGUGCGCGGCUUGCUGGGAUAUCAGAAAGUCUUCUUGAGAAGGCGGAGGAACGGGCGGAGUUCAUGCAGAGGACUGUACAAAGUCGGGAGCAGAUUGUUAAGUAUGUCGUGCUUGUUUCCAAUUAUCCGGAUUGCAUGCAAACUUGUCUAAUUUGCCACUCAUCUAGGACACGGAAGGUGAUUAAUAUCCUCAAUAGGAUUCAAGCUAGCGGUACGAGUCACACGACUGGGUGGUUAGGGGACCUUCGGACAUUAAUACGACCUUCCUUGCUCGGUUAG